AUGUCCUCUAGGGGUGAUCCAGACAAGAGUGACAUCUGGGGGAACUGACGCCUACAUCACACAGCCGCCAACAGUCACAUGCAGAUCCUCAGCUUCUUGGUAAAGUUCGGCGCUAAUCUCUUCCUUCUGGACAAUGAUUUCCACACUCCGAUGGAGGUCGCCGCCUCUAGAGACCACAUGGACAGUGUCCGUUUAGAUGGUGCCGCAUCCAAACAGACGAACCAGAAUGCCAAAAAGUUAGUGCGUCUGAAGGAGCAGGCCAACAAAGAUGCGGAGCGCAGGGUGAAGCAGUGCGAAGGUUUAAAGAAGAAACACCAGAACAAGAAGGAUAAGAUGUACCGCGACUCCGUCUGUGAAGCCAGUUUAGCCUCUUCAACCACAGGUACCAUGGACAGCGCGAACAGAGAACAGUUCUCCAAACUCAUUGCGGCAGACACCAAUGGCUCUGUCAAAACAACAAUCAAGGGAACCCUCCAACGCAAGUUUGGGAAAAAAGACAAGGAGACCGUGAGCAGACAGAGAGAUGGCAAUGAUGACGUCUCCAUAGAGCAAAAUAAAAAUUAUGAGGAUGAAGAGGAUGAUUUUGAAAAUGAAGAAGAGGGGGCAAGUCAGUUAAAGUCUAUUUUCGAAAGGCCCGGUCUCGGUCCCGUGUUCAGCCGUGAGCAGCUGGAUCUCGACGCUCUCAUGCUCUGCUCAGAUAAUGAUCUUAAGAGCAUCCGCAUCCAACUUGGCCCACGCAAAAAGAUUUUGGAAGAAGUGGCUCGCAGGAAGGCAGUCCUGGAGAGUUCUGAUGUUGUGAAGGACACUUUCCUUUAA